GUUAACGAGAAAUUGAUGUUUGUACGGAGAAAAGUAAACAUAUUUUUGCUUUUAUCGAGAAAUUUUUAUGGGUGGUAAUUAUUUCAUAAUUUUGUGUGCCGAUGGGUCCGUCCCGUCGUAAAUGCAGCGAAGGUCUAUGAACAUGUGUUUGCGUAGUACACCAAAGCCAGAAUGAUAAGAGUAUCCCAGGGAUCAAGAGGGCAACGCGCAAUGUUUCUUACGUCUUGGUUGAGCUCAGUUGGUUGGUGAAAACAGUGAGGAAGAAAAUAAAUGCAGAGACAGUAAAAAUGAUCCUGUAGAUCAGUAACAAUUCGUGGAGACAUCGGUUCACAUCGUCAAUUCAUGCAGUUACAUUGAGUGCAACGAAAUUCGUACCAUUUACUUAUUGAUACAAUCAUAAAUCGUCACACAUAGGACCACAUCUAUAGAUGCGAGUUUGAACUUUGACACUGUUUCGUAGAAGGCCGCGUGCUGAGAGAGCUUAGCAUCCUGUCUAGGCGUCUUAAUUCCCCAAAUUAAUGGACAACAUGAAUGGAAUAAUUGUGCUUGUUGUGGUGUCGCUGGUGGUUGCGUCGUGUGCAGCUGAAGAUACGAAAUUGCAUUCGAAAGAUGAACAAAAAUUGAUUGCUGAGGGGGAGAAAAAGAUCAGUGAGCAUGUGCUCGUUAUAUUGGAGCACUAUAAGCAGGAGGAUCCAGUCGGACUGCCCGGGGCUCCAAUUCCUGAUCCUAUGCCAAUUCCUCCGCUGAGUCAUUCUUUCGCAAUGGGCAAAAUGAACAUGAAAGACGUCCAGCUGCGUGGUCUGGCCCAGUUCCGUAUCCACCACGUCGACAUUAACCUAGGCGAGAUGCAGGUGGAAGCGGCUCUGACCAUCGAGAAGCUCAUAGUCAAUGGCAACUACACACUAGGCACUUGGUUGGCAAAGUAUGCUGGACCAUUCACAGUGAAGCUAAAAGACGUCUUCGUGCAAGGUAUAUCCAGAUUGGAAGUGAAUCGAGUAGGGCAACUGGAAGCGCAGGAGAUGAAAAUGGAUAUAACUUUCAAGAAUAUCGAUAUGAAUUUUGAAGGUCUUGGCGUUGUAGCCAAUAUGUUCCAAGGGCUCUUGAACUCUAUGGGCACGUUCAUUUUUGACUCCAUCAAACCGUUUAUCCUAGCCCAGGUUAACACGAAUCUCCGAAAGGAUAUCAACGAACAGCUGCAGCAGUUCCCUCAGAAAUUCCCUAACUCCAUCUCACCGUUCGACCAAAUCAUCUCUGAGAUGAGAAAGAAGGUCCGCGGUAUGGGAUACGAUCCUUACAAGGUGAAGGACUACAAUCAUACCAUUGGAAUAAUAGGAGUGGAGAUGAGCCAUACCUGGGUGACAGGCAUAUCCUCGUUCCAUCGCAUCGGCGACAUCAUCUUCAGUAUCAGCAACAACACGGUCCAUGCUAACCUAGACAUUGGAACACAACGAGUGGAGGGCACGAGCAAUUGGGAGGUUUCCUUAGGGGCUGGAAUGUUAGCUCGCGCCGGAACCGUCGCCUUUACUGUUGAAUAUAUAAAGGUGCAAGUGGAGCUCAGUCAAACCAUGGACACGAGGAAUACACCGGUGCUGGAGGAUAUUCAAUUAGAGUUGGGAAACAUACAAGUGCGUUGCAACGGUGCAGGUACUUUGGACUACGUCGUCGAAUUAGCUGUGAACAUCCUACCAAACAUACUUAGGUAUCAGAUCAUGGACGCGCUUGAGUCGCCUAUCAAGAUGAGAAUCCAGGAGGAGUUGAACGCAGUUAACGUUGAGAAGAUGAUCAAUGAGAACUUAGCAGUCCUCGAUGAACAACAAAAGACAGGAUUCAAGGGAAUGUUAUAGUUUAUUCAAUUAUCUUUAAUAAUACAGAUUAAUUUCGGAUAUA